AUGUCGACCACCGAACCACACCAGACGUCCAAGAUCAUCGAUGGGAAGAAAUAUUUCAUCCCGCUAGAAAACAACCCGGACGUCUUCUCGCACCUCAUCCGCGCCCUCGGCGUCUCCCCGCAGCUCGGCUUCCACGACGUCUACAGCCUGGACGACCCGGCCCUGCUCGCCCUGGUGCCGCGCCCCGCGCUCGCCCUCAUCUUCAUCGCGCCCGGCGCCAUCUACCACGCCGCCCGCGACGACGUCGCCGCGCGCACGCAGCUGUACGACGAUGCCGGCGCGGAGCAGCCCGUCGUGUGGUUCCAGCAGACCAUCGGCGAGGCGUGCGGGCUGAUGGCGCUGCUGCACGCAGUCUGCAACGGCGAGGCGCGGAAGCACAUCGUCCCCGGUUCGCUGGUCGACGGGCUGCGGACGGAGGCGCUGCGGCUGCGGAGGGUGGACCGCGCGCGCUUGCUGUAUGAGAGUGAGGGGUUGGAGAAGGCGCAUGCGAGUGCGGCGGUGCUGGGCGAUACGGGCGCGCCGGAGCUGGGGACUAUAGCUGAGGGCGCGUUCGUGUGCUUUGUCAAGGGUGAUGAUGGGCACUUGUGGGAGUUGGCUGGGUAUGCGAAGGGCCCGUAUGAUAGGGGCGAGUUGGCGGAGGGGGAGGACAUGUUGAGUGAGAGGGCUUUGGAGUUGGGGGUGAGGACGUUUUUGGAGAAGGCGGGCGGAGAUGCGAGAUUCAGCCUGGUGGCGUUGGCGCCGAGCGGAGAGUGA